UCCUGAAAAGCCGCGCCGGGACGCCCCCAGACCCCGAGCUGCCGGGAGGAUGACCAUGGCCGGUGGCAGGAAGGGACUGGUGGCCCCGCAAAACACGUUUCUGGAGAAUAUUGUCCGGCGGUCCAAUGAUACUAAUUUUGUGUUGGGGAAUGCCCAGAUAGUGGACUGGCCUAUCGUGUACAGCAAUGAUGGAUUUUGCAAGCUGUCUGGCUAUCACAGGGCGGAAGUGAUGCAAAAAAGCAGUACCUGCAGUUUUAUGUACGGGGAGCUGACUGAUAAAGAUACCAUUGAAAAGGUGCGGCAAACAUUUGAGAACUAUGAGAUGAAUUCCUUUGAAAUUUUGAUGUACAAGAAGAACAGGACACCUGUGUGGUUCUUUGUGAAAAUUGCUCCAAUUCGAAAUGAACAGGAUAAAGUGGUUUUAUUUCUUUGCACUUUCAGUGACAUAACAGCUUUCAAACAGCCGAUUGAGGAUGAUUCAUGUAAAGGCUGGGGGAAGUUUGCUCGGCUGACCAGAGCACUGACAAGCAGCAGGGGUGUCCUGCAGCAGCUGGCUCCCAGCGUGCAAAAAGGCGAGAACGUCCACAAGCACUCCCGCCUGGCUGAGGUUCUGCAGCUGGGCUCAGACAUCCUUCCCCAAUACAAGCAAGAGGCACCAAAGACUCCCCCUCACAUCAUCUUACAUUAUUGUGUUUUCAAGACCACGUGGGAUUGGAUCAUCUUGAUCUUAACCUUCUACACAGCCAUCCUGGUCCCUUAUAAUGUCUCCUUUAAAACCAGGCAGAACAAUGUGGCCUGGCUUGUUGUGGAUAGCAUCGUGGAUGUUAUCUUUUUGGUGGACAUUGUGCUGAAUUUUCAUACCACUUUUGUUGGACCAGCUGGGGAGGUGAUUUCCGACCCCAAACUCAUCCGCAUGAACUAUCUGAAGACGUGGUUUGUGAUUGACCUUCUGUCCUGUUUGCCAUAUGAUGUCAUCAACGCUUUUGAGAAUGUGGAUGAGGUUAGUGCCUUUAUGGGUGAUCCAGGGAAGAUUGGUUUUGCUGAUCAGAUUCCACCACUCCUGGAGGGGAGAGAGAGUCAGGGCAUCAGCAGCCUGUUCAGCUCUCUGAAGGUUGUCCGGCUGCUCCGUCUGGGGCGAGUGGCCCGGAAGCUGGACCACUACAUUGAAUAUGGAGCAGCCGUGCUGGUCCUGCUGGUGUGUGUGUUUGGGCUGGCUGCACACUGGAUGGCCUGCAUUUGGUACAGCAUCGGGGACUAUGAGAUCUUCGACGAGGACACCAAGACCAUCCGCAACAACAGCUGGCUGUACCAGCUGGCAAUGGACAUUGGCACCCCUUACCAGUUUAACGGGUCCGGCUCAGGGAAAUGGGAAGGGGGUCCCAGCAAGAAUUCUGUGUACAUCUCCUCGUUGUAUUUCACCAUGACCAGCCUCACCAGUGUGGGCUUUGGGAACAUCGCCCCAUCCACAGACAUCGAGAAGAUCUUUGCAGUGGCCAUCAUGAUGAUUGGCUCACUUCUGUAUGCCACCAUCUUCGGGAAUGUGACAACCAUUUUCCAACAGAUGUACGCCAACACCAACAGGUAUCAUGAGAUGCUCAACAGCGUCCGGGACUUCCUGAAGCUCUACCAGGUUCCCAAGGGACUGAGCGAGCGAGUCAUGGAUUACAUCGUGUCUACCUGGUCCAUGUCCAGAGGCAUCGACACAGAGAAGGUCCUGCAGAUCUGCCCCAAGGACAUGAGAGCUGACAUCUGCGUGCACCUGAACCGCAAGGUGUUCAAGGAGCACCCAGCCUUCCGGCUGGCCAGCGACGGCUGCCUGCGGGCACUGGCCAUGGAGUUCCAGACGGUGCACUGCGCCCCAGGGGACCUCAUCUACCACGCGGGAGAGAGUGUCGACAGCCUCUGCUUUGUGGUCUCCGGCUCCCUGGAGGUGAUCCAGGAUGACGAGGUGGUAGCCAUUCUAGGGAAGGGAGACGUGUUUGGAGACGUGUUCUGGAAGGAAGCCACCCUUGCCCAGUCGUGUGCCAACGUCAGGGCCUUGACCUACUGUGACCUGCAUGUGAUCAAACGGGAUGCCCUGCAGAAAGUGCUGGAAUUCUACACAGCCUUCUCCCACUCCUUCUCCCGGAACCUCAUUCUCACCUACAACUUGAGGAAGAGGAUUGUGUUCCGGAAGAUCAGCGAUGUGAAACGGGAAGAGGAGGAGCGCAUGAAACGGAAGAAUGAGGCCCCCCUGAUCUUGCCGCCGGACCACCCAGUCCGGCGGCUCUUCCAGAGGUUCCGACAGCAGAAGGAGGCCAGGCUGGCCGCGGAGAGGGGCGGCCGGGACCUAGACGACUUGGAUGUGGAGAAGGGCAGCAUCCUCACCGAGCAUACCCACCAUGGCCUGGUGAAGGCCAGCGUCGUCACCGUCCGCGAGAGCCCUGCCACGCCCGUGGCCUUUCCGGCGGCCACCGCAUCCACCGGGCUGGACCACGCGAGGCUGCAGGCGCCGCCGGGGGCCGAGUGCCUGGGCCCCAAGGCCGGCGGGGGUGACUGGGCCAAGCGCAAGGGCUGGGCCCGCUUCAAGGACUCCUGCGGGAAGGCCGAGGACUGGAGCAAGGUGUCCAAGGCCGAGUCCAUGGAGACGCUCCCCGAGAGGACAAAGGCAAGCGGCGAGGCCACGCUCAAGAAGACAGACUCGUGUGACAGCGGCAUCACCAAGAGCGACCUGCGUCUGGACAGCGUGGGCGAGGCCAGGAGCCCCCAGGACCGGAGCCCCAUCUUGGCCGAGGUCAAGCAUUCGUUCUACCCCAUCCCUGAGCAGACACUGCAGGCCACCGUCCUGGAGGUGAAACACGAGCUGAAGGAGGACAUCAAGGCCUUGAACACCAAAAUGACGACCAUUGAGAACCAGCUCUCUGAGAUACUCAGGAUAUUAACUUCCAGAAGAUUCUCUCAGUCUCCUCAGGAGCUGUUUGAAACAUCGAGGCCCCAGUCCCCAGAAUCAGAGAGAGACAUUUUUGGAACGAGCUGAGAGGUCUGCUGAAAACAACAAGUCAAAGACAAAACUCCCUAUACCCUCCUGCCCUAUAGACACCACCUCCACACACACCUACAUGACCAACAACUUUCAAAGUAGGCUCUUCCCGACGGAAAAUCCGAGUGGGACCAGUCGCUGAGGCACGCUCUCUCCUUUUCUCUAUCUGGGGGAAGAUCCGGGAAGAGGAGUGUGCCACCACCCUGCAAGAAGGCAGCUGCAUCUGAACUGUCUGCACAAUUUUGGAAGAGGAGGCGUGCCGUCUAAAGGUGUUGCUUAAAGAGGAGGCCCACUGAGGGCACACUCAGGCCCCCGGAGAGCCUCUCUUCCGUCACUAUCAUUGUACUGCCUUCUUGCUCGCUUCGAUAAAAAUUACCUUCACCAGCUCUUGUGCCCUCCAACUGGACGAGAUUUCACCGUCCUCCCCGCACUAGCCGCAGCCAUCAGAGACAGCGCCAUUUACUCACCCAUCACGUUCACGUUGAGAUGUUUUCAUUUCCACCCCUCACAGUUCAAAAGAAUCAAUGUGAACUUGCCUCCUGCUUAAAUUAGUUUCAAAUGAAACUUCAUUCUCAUGCGAGCAUAUCAGACUUAUUCUGGAACCUUUAGAACUGGACUUGAAUACCCUGCAGGUGCCGGACCGGUGGGUGCCCUCCCCGCCCACCAUUAAACUUUUCUUAGAGCCACUGUCUCUUUAUCUGUGACUUCGGAGUCAGCCAACAGAUCCAUUAGUUGUUCAAUGAGACGUUCAUGGAUCUUGUAUCAGGAUAUGAACUGCUUUUAUGCAAAGAAAGAUGCAAACCCGCACCCCCCCCCCGCCCCCGAUGAAUGUAUUCUCAAUAUUCAGACGCUGUAUUUGUGCAUCUGUUGGAGACUGCCCACAUCUGACAUCUCACUGACACUGUGAGGACAUUUCUACUCACGAGCAGUUUGUCAUUCUGGGGCUCCUCCUUGUAUUAACGCUCUUGCCAUUGAGUCCUGCCAAACCCUUCAUUGGAUUUUUCUUCUUCCUUUGCAUCUGUCACUUUGUCCAAAGGAGCAUGAAUCACCAGAAGUGCAGACGAGCUGAGACUGCUUGUGUGGUCAGCUGAGUAUGCUGACAGAACUCCACUGUAUGACUGCAGCCUGGGGAUGUUAAGAGGGACAGGUGGGCCCCUCCAUUGAUAUUCCCUUCUAAACAUUUUUAA